GGUUCGCACACUCCCAAUCCUCUUCUCCUCCACCUCUUCGCACCACUACCAGUUUGCCACAUUUUUUUGGGGGGCUCAAAACCCUUAUUUCUCUUCAUUUUCCUCACUACUUCGCUUACUUAUUGCAUUUCUAUUAUGGUUGACGAAUCAGAAUUUCGUUUUGGGUAACCUUUUGUAUACUUUUGAUAUGCAUUUUACUUUCUAUACAAUCAUUGGCCAAUCCAGAUUCAUGGAAGUUAAAAAGCCAAUCUCAUUUCGAAUUUCUUUAUUAUGUGAAUGAACUAGCGCCAUUUGGGGUUUUAGAUAUCCAUGAAUACAUGUAGAGCUGAUUUGCUCUUUUAAUGUGAUUUUACAUAUUUUUCCGAGCAAUAGUGGAGAUUUCCAGCUGCCCUGUGCUGCUAUUAUGUCAUGUGGACAUUUUCGUUGGAUCAACUGCAGUGGCUAGGGCCUAGCCACUCCGGGGUGGGCAGGUGUGGUGUGGUGGGUGGCUGGUUGCAGUUACUGAUUCGGAAAUUGGGUUGGGGGGAUAAAUCGUAUAUUUGCACAUUGCCUAUAUUUGGCUUUAUUUUCUUUAGUUGUAAGCUUCACACUUUGAAUUUGUUCAUGUUUGUGUACUAUUGAUACACUUUCUUUGGCGAAUAUUAGUCAACACUGAUUAUUUGGAAAAUGGUGCCAUAGACCUAGAGGCUAGAAGAAUGUUGAAACACUCGAAACCCCUUCCUUCCAGUUCUUGUGAAGUGUAUGAUUCGGAUUUCUGUUCAGCAAUCUGGUGCUAAUCUGAAACCUGUAGCAAACGAGCCUUUUCCAUGGUGUCUAUAAGACCAAAGAGGACGUGCUGAUCACUUGUAUGGUAGCUUGCAAAUGGCAGAGUAUGUAGCCAUUCCACCACAUGUCAAGCUUCAAGUUCAUGGUACUCUCUUUGAAGAGUGGCCUUGUCUGCCAAAAACUCCCUAUCUACCAGCCAAAAGGGGCUUUUAUAAUGGAAGGAAAAAAGUUAGUGGGCUGUCUUCUUGGAAGGCCUGCAAGAUCAUUGCACCUCAAAGAAAAAUCCUGAAUGGAAGUCCAAGGCGGAAGAAUACCAGGUGCUAUUGCUUGAAUGCCCUAGCCAACGUUGAUGCUGCAGCUGCAGCUGCAGCUUCUUCAGACUGGGUUCCAUUCAUUGAUCAAGUCCUCCUUUUAGCAAGUAUCAGCCUUACGUAUAUGGCUGGUGUAGUUCCAUUGGAGAAAUCCCCAUUUAAUACUCAAACAAGUGUGCCACUUUUUGAUAUGGUCCCUGAAAACUCUUCCUCCUCGGGUAGUUCAGUGACAAAUGAUGAUGAGGUUUGGUUGCAGUUUGCCUGGGAUGUUGUGAGAGGCAAGUUAACGGAUUCAUUAUCUGCUAUUAGUAAUGGGGUAAAUCCUAGUGAAAACAUUGGGAAAUUUGAACAAAACCCUGGAACACAGCCUUCAAGCUUAUAUGCUGUUUCUGAAGGUCCUAGAAUAAGACUUCUCUGGAGAUCAUUUCAGUGGCUCAAAAAAGAGGUGACCAAUAUUUCCGUGAACUCUUCUGCAAAGUCUGCAAAUGAUUUCUUGGCUGUCUUUGGUGAAACUGUUCAAAACUGCAGCCGCCCUCUAUGCAUGGCAUGGCUUGAAGAGGAGAUUCGCCUCAUCUCCAGAAAACCUGACAAGGACCUUCUUUCUUUGGCCGAAAGUAAGCUGAAUGGAUAUGACAGCAUAGUUCAAAAUAUCAGAAAGUCAGGCAAGGAGGAUCUAUAUGCAGAGUUGGUUUAUGCCCUUAAAUUUGGUUCUUCCAGGAAAGGUGGCUACUAUAAUUCUACCUUGUUCAUCCAGCAUGGAGUAGCUAUAUUAGAAGAUUUGCUGAUCACCUUAGCAGAUGGCAUUGCAAGCAUGUACUUGGAGCUUAUAUCUGUGGAUAGUAGCUUGUCCAACGAAAUGAACAAUCUCGGUUUGAGCUUGUGUACUCUCUCCACCAGAGCACUUCAGAGAUUACGCAAUGAGGUGGCAUUGCACCAAUGGUUGCAUCAAAACAUGGCUGCAGUGGCUUCUAUGUAUGAAGAUCGAUUUGACCUUUGCACACUUGAAAGUCAACUUAUUGAGUCCAGAGGCAAUGAGACUGAAAACUUUGGUUGGUUGAAGAAGAUUAGUUUUAUGAGAUCAGGUCCCAUAUCAUCAUCACUACGUUAUGUUACCAUCAAUAGCAUAUCUGUACCUGUUAAAAGGACCAAGGAAUUGAGGGCCUUGGUUGGGUGGAGGUACUACUUCAGUCUCUACCUUGAACUGGCCGACAUCACCAUGCCAAUUGUCAAAAAGCUUGUUGCAAAAGUCAGUGAUGCUAUCUCGUUCUUCCUUGUCUGCCUGAUAGGAAGGUCACUGGGGCUAAUCUAUUCUGGAAUUAGGAACUCUUUACGACUGAAGUAAGGUAUAAAUACGCCAGGUUGUCUUUUCGAAAUUUCCCUUGUCAUUUUGAUUAAUGAGAGGAUGAAAACCUCAUACGAUGCCCCUGGAUUGGUGAAAUUUUUUGAAGGCUCCUUGUAGUGAUAAUUGCCUUAGAUAUGAUUCAAGACAGAAGGCUUGAAUUCCUGCAGUUUGAUUGUAUUUACAAUGCAACCUUCCUUUAUUUCCAAAGAACAUAGAAGAUUCCACAGAAAA